CUGAUUGGGCACGAUUAGAGGGAUUGAAAAAUGGCCGAAAAUGGCUGUCCCCUUGACACGUAUAUCUUGGACCGUUUUAAAAAAAAAUCAGUUCCAGUAUAAGCAGUUCUUAACGACCUCGUCCUCGAAUUGUUUUCCACGAUACAAACAUACGUACUCGCAGGAACAGAAGCCGCGAUACCUCGGCAAGACCGUCCGGAAUGCCUUGCUUUACACCGUUUUCGUCUCUGGUUUUGGUUAUAUUUUGUACAAAUGGAAAGAUGAUUAUCAGAACCGAUUUAGGAACUUAAAGGACUCUGUGUUCACGAUACACGCUAAAGCGGUCUCCUGGGAUGGGGGAAAUAACAAUAAUAGGAAUAGAUAUAAUUUUAUAGCAGAUGUUGUGGAAGUAUCAGCUCCUGCUGUAGUCUACAUCGAAAUUCAGAACAACAGGAGACUUGAUUUUUAUACAGGUAAACCAUUUAACAUAAGUAAUGGGUCUGGUUUCAUUGUCGAAGCAGAUGGGUUGAUUCUCACAAAUGCUCAUGUCGUUACAACUAAGCCUAACACUACUGUCAAGGUACGUCUUAAUGAUGGAAGUAUGUAUACUGGCACUGUGGAGGACAUUGACGUACACAGUGAUCUUGCAACUGUGCGAAUUAACAAGACAAAUCUGCCUGUAAUGAAACUUGGUUCCUCUUCAAACCUCAGGCCAGGAGAAUUUGUUGUUGCCAUUGGAUCUCCACUUGCUUUGAGUAAUACAAUAACGAGUGGAGUUAUAAGCAGUGUCAAUAGACACAGUGAAGAACUGGGUCUGUUCAACAAGCAGAUGGCUUACAUCCAAACAGAUGCAGCAAUCACUUUCGGAAAUUCAGGUGGCCCGUUAGUUAAUUUAAAUGGGGAAGCAAUAGGUAUAAACGCAAUGAAAGUCACGUCUGGUAUAUCUUUUGCCAUACCUAUAGACCAUGCGAAGGAAUUCUUGAAGAAAGCAGAACUACGCAGAAAGGGCAAAGGUAAACCAUUUAAAGGUGCACGGAGUGCAUCGGAGACGCGCAAGACUCAAUACAUCGGCGUCACUAUGCUGAGCCUUACGCCGGAUCUUUUUUACGAAUUGCAAAAGAAAUUGAAAGGAAUUCCGCAUAACAUCAGACACGGAGUUGUUAUCUACAAAGUGCUCGUAGGAUCACCAGCUCACAUUGGUGGUUUACAAGCUGGAGAUAUUAUAACGCAUGUUAACGACGAACCAGUGGUGUCCUCCGCCACUAUCUAUAAAGCCAUGGAAACAUGUAAAAUUCUGCGAAUGACGGUGAUUAGAGGAAUGGAAGUGUUACAUCUACGAAUCGAACCAGAGGAGACCUGAAUCACGCUUCUAGUACUACGAUUGAACAUUACAACAAAAUACAUGCUUCGCUUUAAAUAAAUUCUUGUAAAUUCUCUCUUAUUACAAUCACGACAAAUUUCAUUCUUCACAAAUUCCAUGUCAAACCCAAAUAAAACGCUCCAACUUUGUAACGCGGAAGAUUCUGCGCUUGCAAUGUUUCAAACGUCA